GCUCUGCCCGUGGCCUCUCCCUGCUCCCAGAUUUCCUCCCUCUCAAGUGUGAUGCCUGCGAGCAGAUCUUCUGCACUGACCACAUCGCUUACGCCCAGCACGACUGCACCUCUGCCUACAAGAAGGAUGUCCAGGUCCCUGUGUGUCCCCUCUGCAACACCCCGGUCCCUGUGAGGCGGGGGGAGAUGCCCGAUGUCGUGGUGGGUGAGCACAUUGACCGUGACUGCAAGUCUGACCCUGCACAGCGCAAGCUCAAGAUCUUCACCAACAAGUGUUUGAAGCCUGGCUGCAAGCAGAAGGAGAUGAUGAAGGUGAUUUGUGACCAGUGCCACAAAAACUACUGCCUCAAGCACCGGCAUCCCCUGGACCAUGACUGCAGCGGGGCAGGGCGUCCACUCUCCAAAGCAGGGCAUGCUGCAGUUGCGAGAGCCCAGGCGUCUGCCUCCAAAAUGGUUGCUGCAUCGAGCAGUGGAGCUGCCCGGCCAGCAGACAGCCCCUCUUCUCCAGCCGCUGCCAGAGGAGGCCGAGCAGCUGCACCACAGGCUCGCAGUACCUCCCCUUCAGCUGUCAUGCUGCAGAACGGGCUGAGUGAGGAAGAGGCUCUGCAGCGAGCUCUGGAGAUGUCCCUGGCAGAGUCAGCACGCAGCUCAGCACAGCCACCCAGCACACAGGAGGAGGAGGAUCUGGCACUGGCCCAGGCGCUGUCAGCAAGUGAAGCCGAGUACCAGCAGUUGCAACGGCAGGCGCAGGGUUCAAAGCCAUCAAACUGCAGCAUGUCAUAG